CUGAAAUAUUUUCCUUUCAUGCAAGCAUGUGGGACAAUUUAAAUGACUUUAAAGUAGUACAGUUCUUUAAAAAUGGCUCAGGGUCUCUUGGGUGAUUCUCCGUGUGUUGGCUAUCCAACUUUUGGCUUUAGCUCAGGUCAUGAUCUCUGGGAAGGGACAGGAGAUCCAACCCCUUUCAUCUUUAUACCACCCCCAUCAGGUCAGGCUCCCUGCUCAGCAGGGAGUCUGUUUUUCCUCCCCCUCACUCUCUACCCCACCUUGACCCCCCCAUGUGUGUACUCUCUCUCUCUCAAAUAAAUAUUUAGAAAAAAUUAAAAUCAUUCAUAUUUAAUUCCGAUUGAGCAUCUUAAUGUAAGUAAAACUUCCAUUUUUUUUGCAGUCAGUGUUAUGUCACUGUUUUCCAAACAUCUUAGUAAAUCACCUGGGACGCUUAUAAGAAUUCUGGUUCCCAGACUAGAGCAACUGAAUCAGGCUCUUGGAAGAAAAAUGUGGUUUUUAAGGAUACAUGAGAACUUCAAGGAAUUCUAUAUCACACAAAAGAAACUGCAUUUAAUGUGAUUGAAAGACACUGAGGGUAGAAGGUUAGAAAGCUGACUUUCUGGUUUUUGUCCCCGGGGCAUGAACUAAUUGCUGUAUCUAUGGAACCUCAUGGAGAAAAAGGGAGUAAUCUUUUUGUUCCUCACCUGUCGCUUACUUUGCCAUCAGGAAACCUCUCUUCCUUUUCUCCUUGGAACAGACAGAAUGGUCGGAUUAUUUGCAGAGAAAGAAGAAAAGCAGAGGAGAGAAUCCAUAUCUUCAAGAGGGUAAGGGACAGAGUAUCAAAAUGGCCUGGAAAAUGUUCAGAAUUAACAUCAGAAAGUCAAAUAUUCACCUAGGGCUCAGCUGGGAAGAAACAAAAGAAAAAUCAAUAUGCAGUCAAAGAAUGGCUUCACUUUUCUAGAAGGUGACUCUCUAGGAGAGUCCCUUAGCAACAGCUUUGAAAUUCCAGAACCUGUCCUCAACCCUGAUGGUUAGCUUCGGCGUCUGUCCGGAUCUCAGACUUCUUGCCCGAUCUUCCUACCACGGAAAUGCACGUGGCAGUGGUGGAAACAGCCUUGGUGCUGCUGCUGAGCAUGGGGUGGACCUCAGACUCUCUCUGCUCACCCACCAUUUUUUAUAGAGACUGUUGGAUCCGUCGCUUUCCAGGUCUUCUGAUUGACCUGGAGGAGUCUCAGAAGCUGGGAGCUCAGUUCCUGAAGUAUUAUUCUGAAAGUACUGGCCAGAAAUGUAGCAGGAGCUGCUGCCUUAGGAAAGAUGUUUCCUGUAACGUGGCUGUCUUCUACCAUGAUCCCAUGCAUGACAAUGUCAACUGCCUCCAUGUUCACUGCCCCACACUGGAGAGCUGCAUAUUAGAGCCCGGAACCAGUGCCAUUUUAUACAACGUAACAGAAGGUAUAGAUCCAGAUUUGCUGGUUUUUGAACAAUCACGUCCCACAUAUCUAAAUACUCGUUCCUCAUCUAACACACGGGACAGACUAAGGAUUUUAAAAGCUACGCAUUUAGAUGAACAACAAACCACAGUGAUAAACCAAAUGCUACCAUCAACAGAGAUGCCGUCAUCAACCACACAUCAAGAUUUGGUUGUCAACACAAACAGUACUAGGUAUUCCAAGGAGUUAACCACAGAUUCUUGGGCAAAACUCAUUUCCCUGAAUAACUCCAUUACCACAGAGGUAAAUAUGGUGUCACACAGCACUGAUUUCAUCAAUAAUCCAGAUAACAAGACUAUUUCUCCUUUCUUUGUUCCCAUAGACACAAAAGCUUUUCAUAGGCCUAUUCCAUCCCGACUCAACAGUAGCAAGCAAUUACUAAAUAAAACCAAGGGGUCCAACAGCAGAAACCACACAGCUGAGAAUGAAGACAUGACACCUGAUGGGGCAUCUGUGACUUCAAAGAUGUGGCUGGCUCCAGUGGCCCUCUGUACCUCUGUCAUCUUUCUUUGCUGUUGUAUGAUCAUCCUAGCAUCUGGAUGCUGGAGAAAGCAGCAGGGCCAGUAUAAGCCAGGGCAGAGAAAGGCAGGAUACAGGCAUGUCAAAAAGUUAACACUCUAAAGAAGAACUCUUAAUAGUAAAAGUUACAAGAUUGUAAGCUUUCAAGGGUAUCGUUUUUAGUUUUCUGUAAGACAAGGGCUGUUUGUUUAAAAAAAAUAAAUAUUGCACAGGAUUGCAAGGCCAUAAUCUUCAUAAACUUAACUGCUUUGAUCAUUUCUAUUUUGUGAAUAGUCUACCCUUUGCCAAAGUUCCAAAAUUCUGACCCCUGCAUUUGUUUAGCACAGUGUGAGAGAUAUGCUUCUAAGUGCUAUACAUGUAUUCCCUCAUGGAUAUAAUUUUAUGAAUUAGAUAUACUUUUUAAAAUGACUACAGUAUUAUUAUCACAUUUUACAGAUGAGGAAAAUGAGAAGAGAGAGGCUAUCUUCCCUAAAGUCACAUAGCUUAAUAUUAGGGAAGGCAGGAUUUAAUAGAUAUCUGGUUCAAAAGUUCAUGCUGGAAAUCACUGUUAGAUUAAAAGCCUCCAAAAAACAUGGAAAAAAAAAUACAGAGAGGAAAACACCAUAAUAUCAUAUGUUUCCUGUCAAGGUCAAAUAAUUGUCAUGUAUGUUAAUAAAAUCUUUUAGUGGAUUGGACAGAAAAGUGCUAUUAUUACAGUUACUAACACAUGUGCAAAUGCUGCCUUUUUAAAAAAUUUAGUUUUGAUGUUCGAUUGAUUAAUUCUUCUUAAUCCUAAACCAUCUUCAUUUUUUAAAGUUGACAUGCCUUUAACUCUGGUACUGGAAUUGUGUUGAUCUCUGUUGAAUAAAGUUUGGGAGUUUUAGUUUACAGCCCUCACGUGUAUGUAGUGUUUUCCCAGGUGCAAACAUUAGCUGUAGGUAUUUGAGCUCUGUCCAAAUCUUACACCAGAUCUACCCCCACCCCCACCCUGAAGUGCAGACACUUUAAUUCAAUCAAGUCUCCAAUGAUUUUAAGCUUUAGACCCUUAAUCUAACCCUUGAAACUCUUUUUAAAUGUGAGGAGAGAUACUAAAAGACAGCCAAUAAGCAAGAAUAGAUAAAAGAAAGCCCUAUUACAGGAUUAAUAAAACAGUAUUGUUCUCUCUUAUGUUAAAACAAACUGUCCAGUGGCUUAAGAGGUGUUUCUGUUUCUUUCCCUAGUGUUGAUACUAUGUGGGGGAAAAAUGUCUGUUUCUUUUUUUAAUAUAAGGAAGAAAUAUAAAAAAUCUCUAUCAGUGGAAUAUUAGCUACAAAUAAAAAUCUGAUUUUAAAAAUGUCAUCAACUUACCCUUAUUUACUAGUCAUGAUAUUAAAUAUUAAAUUUUAUCAAUUUCUUUCCCAAUGCAUUAGGAAAAAAAUUAUUCAUAUUAC